AUGGUUAUAGCUUUGGCGUUUAUUCCAAUUGAAAACAUAGAUAAUGCUUUAUUAUCAUUAUCUGAUAACCUACCAAAUGAUGUGCAACCAAUUUUAGACUGGUUUGAGGACAACUACGUCGGAAGAAUGAACAGGAGAGGUAAUGGACGAAGACAGCCUUUGUUUCCUCACGAAAUGUGGAAUGUCUAUAACAGAACAUUAAACCAACAGGAUAGAACUAAUAACCAUGCAGAAGCAGCUCAUCGCCGCCUUCAGACGGAAUUAGGUAUGGAUCAUCCUACAAUCUGGAAGCUUAUAGACGGCUUACGAAAAGUGCAAGCCAAUCGUGACUUCUACUAUGAACACCUUGUUGCUGGACACAACCCCCCAGUGAAAUUGAAAAAGUACAGGGAUGCCGAUCAACGUAUCUUAACAGUUGUUCGAGAUUAUAAUAACAGGAGCACUGUCGAAUAUUUAAGAGGCAUUGCGUAUAACUACCAAAUGAAUUUAUAA